UUCUGCUUUUAGCAGUGUCUGUGUAUUGUAAUUAGAGCGGCUCACGUUGUCCCUACAGCAGUGAACUUGCAGGAGCUCAGUUGGUGAGGGGGAUCCUGUGGGGCUUUAUUACUGAGCGGGACAAUAGCACUAAUAGGAAGUCUACAAUAAGCGUGUCCUACUGCUUACUGUUGUCCCCCUUUAACAGAUGGAAAGUGAAUGCAUUUUAGUAAUUGUUACACAAAAACAAAUAUCCGCAAAGUGAUACUUUACCAAAACAGAUGCCACACAAUGUACACAGUGUGUUGGGCCCGGCUGCUGGUGCAGAGCAAGGCAGAAACGGAACAGGUGACAUACUAAUGCCUGUCACCCCCAGCUCCCCAGAACAUCUUUUGUAGUUAACCAAGCCAAUAGCAGCCUAUGCAAUGCCUUCUGUCCAGUAUCUUGCUGGUUUCCAGUGCCCACCAAGAAGUCUCGCAGAAGGUAAAGGACAAGUGAUACAAUGGGACCAAGACGUAUUUGUGUCAAACAGCAGUAUGUUUGUGUAUGUCUACAACACUGAUAAAAAAGGGAUAACGGCGGUGUAUUUAUUUCCUGCUGAAGUUUGGCAUAUUGAACUGGUCUCAAGUACACGCCAGUUGUUUGCCCUCUGCGCUGAAACUGGGAUAUACGUACUAACAUGGGACGAUCAAGGCAGGUUGUUAAAGAAACCAGAUUGUGUUACAAGUGUCAAUGGUGUGGACACCUUCACUGUCGGGUCAGAGUUUGUUUACCUGUUGGACACUUCAGUUUGCGCUAUCAUGGUUGCCCAUGAGGUUUUAGUGGUUUCCUCAGUGCAUCAGAAGAAAUGGAAGAUCAGAAUUUUUCAGGUGGAAUCUCAGCAAGAGACAGUUGCAACAUCAUUCAGAGACUUAGAAUUUUCCAUCAAACUACGCAUGGGAUGCAGCAAUGCAAUGGAAUGGAAUGGGUUUCGUCCAGUCCUGUGCUGUGUCUCCCUCUGGAAAGAGACUAAAUCCAGUGAACUUCCCUGUUCCCUCUUAGUAGAAUCUUCCCUUUUCACACACUUAUUUGGAGUGGAUUGUUCCAUGCUUGAUUCCCCCAUGGUUCUGUGUGGAUUGCCAGAUGGUCAGGUGGUGGGCUUUCCCUUAAAGGUAGCUGGCUUUACAAAUAUGGACCAUACUGAAAAUAAGGACACUUCCCGUUUACCUAUAAUGGUCCUUUAUCACUUAGAGCAACCAGUUGUUUUCCUCGGGGCCACAAGGAUGGAAGUUGGUGACAAUAACAGCCAGAACCUCAUCAAGCAUAACCUUGGCUGUGAUUGUUUAUUGAUUAUGGGCCAUGAAGGCCUUGUGGUGACGGUGUUGUCUGAGAAGAAAACAGAAGGCAGAGGACAUGUAUUUAGAGAAUACUAUAUUCAAGCUCCUGUGUCAUGCGCUGUAUCCUCCGGGACAGGUGUGUAUUACAGCACCUGCAAAGAUCUUCUGCUUGUUCACAUUGGCCCAGGAGUACGGGAGGAGAAUGGAGUUUCUAAUAAAUUUCAUCAUUAUCCUGUUCUAUCCUCCACCAGCUACAAUAUCCCUUUGGUCAUUGCAGUCUCCAAGAUUUCCAGCUCUCCUGAAGGUGAAGUGCAGUUCCUGGCUUUGUCAAAUAGAGGGAAACUUAUGCUUUGUAGCCUUGGACGUGAGUCAGGAACUCUGAAGUUUGCUGGACUUACAUGUAGAAAAGCAGGACAGAGGAUUAAAGACCUGCUCUCUGGGAUUAGCAAAGUCUCUGAGAGGGUCUCCCACAUGAAAUCUCUUACAGACCAGCGGAAUAGCUCGUUAUUUAACCUCAACCAGGUGAUAGGGCUGAGCCGCACAGUGUUGUCCUCUGAGAGAUCUGAGCUGGCUCUUGUCUUCAGCACUAAAGUAUCAUGGAUGCGCGUAGUGCAACAGGACUCCCUGAUUGCAUCCUGCACUCUGGAUAACAGGACUGACUGUACUAUGGGCAGAGGAUGGAAGUUGUGCGUUCAUAUACACUAUGAGGCUUCUGGCUUGAAAACGUCAUACACCUUCCCUGUAGGCAACCUGUCGCCAGGAGAAAAGACAGAGAUUUCCUUCCCAUUAUCUACUCAGAAAAGUAACAAACUGGAUUUUCCUGUUCUGAUGUCAUCUGUCCUUUUUUACAGUUUGAAGGGUCUGUUCCCAGACAGUGUUACCCCUUUUUAUCCUGCAGAAUGUGCCUCAUCAUCUCCUCACAAACAAGGGAUCUGUUUACCGCUGCAGGAGCACACUAUAGACAUUCUGCAGUGUCUCCGUUUCAGCUAUCAAGAUGGCCAUCAAUCCCAUCUUGACCCCUGCCCUGCUGCAGCCUGGGACCCUGUGGAAACCUUUUUGAGGCAGUCUUUUGGAGCAGGGAUAUUGGGGACUCACCCUAAAGCCGUUUCUAACCAGGGGAAAUGCAGAGUCGCUCCAUUUUCUGCAACUCUAAGAGUGUCGGUAGAGCUUCUAAAUCUGACCUUAAAAAACAAGAGCCCAGGAUUUUCUAUAUGUUCUGCCACACUGCAUUGGCUGCUCAAGACCGAGUUGACGGAGAAUUUGUCAGAGGUGCAUGGUUUUACCCCAGAUGGAAGGGAACUUUGUCUUCGUCUUAGAGAGGUUUCUGUGAAUGAUCUCUCUACAUCGGGGCCCAUCUCAGCUGUUGAGAUUCAGAUAGUGAGCGCAUACCUUGAUGUUUUAGCCUGUCUGCAUUUAGCAGUACUGAGUCGCUUGCAGGUUUUGGUUUGCAAAAGUAAUUCUGAUGAUUGCGGUGCCCGAGAAUUAAAUCUGGGAGCUCUCCAGCAACUGUUUACUGUGGGAGAGUCACUGUUAAAAGAAGUUCAUGCGCUGCGUGACCGCUUAUGUGUGGAAAAAGAACUCAGCUCAGAAACAGCAGCAGAGAGACUACUGCACAUCUUUGGAGAGUUGCGAGAUACCGGCUUGCUCCUCCUGUGACUGCAAGCCCAGAUGCUUCACCUGCAAGUCCUGCAUAUGCAAAGAAGCUGCAUUUCAUCAAUGUGAUUUAUAAGAAUGAGGCACAUAGAGAAGGUUAUAUGGGUGCUUAUAGUCCAAAGCACUUGAAGUUAUAAGGAUAAGAUUAGAUAGGUACUUAUAGUUCAAAGCACUUAAUGGGACAUUAAACUCAUAAUAAAUCCUAGUUAAAAGGAUGUUGUCAAUGCAAACAUUAGCCUGAUAAUUAUAUGCAGCUGUUUAAAAAAAUAAAUAAAAUAUAUAUAUAUAU